GCCCUGGUUUCUCUAAACAAGAAGCCACCAGCAGUCCAGGGAUACACUGACACUUUAGCUUUGGAGUAAGUUUAAUAUAUGAGAAGAGCCACACUGAAAGGCGAGAAGUGAUUCCUAAAGAGCCAAAACAUUCAGAAAUGUCAGCUGAGGAAAACACAGUAAAUACAGAAGUUUCAGUCGAAUAACCAAAACUGCUAAAGUUUACCCCCCCUUCUUAAAGACCUAUAUUUAAAACCUGUAAAAGGUUUUAUUGUUUCAUAAUAAAAAAAAUUACGAAUCCCUUCUGCUAUCCUUUUUACCUUUCACCUACAGCACAAAACUGAUUAAAAGAACAUUUGGACCAAGUUUAACAAAAACAGUUGUCACAUUAAAAAAAAGAUUUACACUUUUUUUCCACAUCAACUGAUUUAUCCACAAUGUUUGUCAUUUUCUGAUAUAUUUUGCUUGAAACUGCCAAAAUUUCCAUAUAAGCAAGUUACAUGCUAAAUAUUAGCUAAACUUCCAUGUAGAUUAGCUUACCUCAGUGCAAAAACAAAGUAACUUACCUGUGAUUUGUGUUGAAUCUACAGAAAAAACAAAUCAAGUUUUGUUUUACAGUUGCUAUGAUGGGCUAGCUAGCUAGCUACUAGCUGUAGCUUUAUGUUUAGUGAACAGACCAAGCAGAAAACUCUGGGGGCUAAAAAUUAAAGUGCAAAAACUGCAGGUCUUCUAUCUGAGUCCAAACUGUUCCCCACUGUCCCCAUUUCAAAAUGCCAAUCUUUACCUCAGAAAUUAACAUAUUUAAGCCAAGUGUAUAUAGCUGAUUUCAACCUCUAUUAAAAAAUAUAAGGAGGGAUUUUUUGCUAACUCGCUCAUUUAAGUCUUAUUAUAGCUCAAACAAGGCAUUUCUCAAAUAUGGGUACAAAAACAACUAUGGCAGCGAUAUCCUAAGGUUUCAAAAUGGCAGCCAGUCAAGGAUAUUGACAAUCCUCAGCCAUGUUUGCUGUUAGCCAAAUUUAGGUUACCCAUGUUGGUUUACUGGUGAUGGUUUUAAUGGGAUUAGCUAACUUCUCAGUAAAUGCUAACUGAAUGCUAGGGGAACGUAAUUGGUCAGUGGCAAUGCUGACCCUGGACCAACAUCAAAUUGUGUGCAUCAAGCUUCUCAUUUGAGCCAGAUGUGCUAUAUGGACGAAAGGAUUUAGCCACGCCUCUUAGAAUUCAGGUGUUUUCUGCUCCAUUGCCACAAGUGAAACUCAAGCAGCUAGCCAUGCAGGUGCCUGUAGAAAUAUUUGUGAAAGAGUUGGUCAUUCUGACGUUUACUGAAUUAAACUGUGCUACUGUAGUAGGAUAUAUAUUUGUCCAUAUAGUGUACCAGAAGAAUGUCAUGAUUUAGACUAAAUGUGGCCUGAUGAUGGUGUUGUGGAAAGUUUGUAAUGUACAUCAAUGACAGCAACGUCAGAAGACGCUCUUUCUCUUUGGGACACACAUAAAUGUGAGCACCUGAUUCCUAAUGAAGACAAAUCGUGGAUGGAAGAACAGAAGGACUCAAUGACCGAAGAACAAAAGUCCUCCCUUCUCAGGUUUGUUUAGGCCCAGCGAUGUGGACCCCAGCCCAUAAUCCUCCUGCAGACACACCUGUAGAGGAGAGUAUAAAGACCCGAGACUCAACUGUGUCCGGCACGAAGCUCCAAGGAGUCUCUCCACAGCAGCUCUGCAAAGAAGCUCCACAGCUACCAGACCCACUCUGAAGAUGAGUCCCUCUGUCAGCCUGCUGCUGCUGCUCCUGCUCAGCCUCUCUCAGGCUCAUCCUCUCAUGGAGGAAAGAGGAGGAGGAGAGGGCCAGGUGGAGGAAGACCACACCACUGAUAUCACCACCAGGAUUCUGACCGCAAACAAUGGCAGCAAUGAGAUCCUGCUGGAAGGAGACAUCCUGCUUCCAAAAAGCAGAAAUGCCAUUAAAUGCCAGAGUUACCAGAGCUGCCUGUGGCAGAAAGACAACAACGGCCUGGUGACGAUUCCCUUCACCAUCAGCAGUGAGUACAGCAGCGGGGAAAGGCAGCUGAUCAGAAAUGCCUUGCAGUCCUUCCACAGCCAGACUUGUGUCCGCUUUGUCGACCGUCAGUACCAGAACGACUACAUCAGCAUCGAGAGCCAGAACGGAUGCUUCUCUCCUCUGGGCAGACAGGGAGGGAAACAGGUCCUGUCUCUCAACAGGCAGGGCUGCAUCUACUUUGGCAUCGUCCAGCACGAGGUCAACCACGCUCUGGGCUUCCAGCACGAGCAGACCAGGAGCGACCGCGACUACUACGUCAGGAUCAACUGGGAGAACAUCGACCCACAGAUGGCCUACAACUUCGACAAGCAGGACACCAACAACCUCAACACUCCCUACGACUACUCCUCCGUAAUGCACUAUGGAAGAACAGCCUUCUCCAUCAAUGGCGGGGACACCAUCACCCCCAUCCCCAACCCCAACGUCCAGAUUGGCCAGAGGCAGGGCAUGUCCUACUGGGACAUCACAAGGAUCAACCUGCUGUACGGCUGCUGAAAACACACGUUAACUUGUCUGAUUUGAGCUUUUCAUUUGUUCCCAAAGGUUCUUUUAUCAAUGUGUUUUCAUUGUGUUUACUGUGUUAAUUUUCUCUUCUUCUUCUUCUAACUUUGUCUUUAAAAAAGUCAAACACAGAAAUAAAGUGCAUUGAAAUAG